AUGGCAGCUAUCGAGAGCUUCGACAGCAUCUACUUGGAUCUCUCCAAGGAGAGUGGCAAGUGCAGGUUUGCCGAGAGCGGUCUUGGAUGGAAGCCUGCCGGUGGCGGCGACACUUUCACGCUCGAUCACAGCAGCAUUGCUUCAGCACAAUGGAGCCGAGCCGCUAAGGGCUAUGAGAUCAAGAUUCUCAAUCGCGAAUCGCGCAUUAUCCAGCUGGAUGGCUUUCAACAAGAGGACUACGAGCGCUUGAGCAAGAUCUUCAAGAACUGGUACAGCACCAACCUCGAGAACAAGGAGCACUCGCUCAGAGGAUGGAACUGGGGCAAAGCCGACUUUGGAAAAGCUGAGCUGUCGUUCCACGUUCAGAACCGCCCUGCUUUCGAGAUCCCCUACUCCGAGAUCUCCAAUACCAACUUGGCAGGUCGCAACGAAGUCGCUGUCGAGUUUUCCGCCCCUACAGACAAGAACGACACUGGAACCAAUGGCCACUUGGGCGGCGCGCGAGGCAAGGGAAAGAAAGCCGGCGCUGGCAAGGACCAACUUGUCGAAAUGAGAUUCUACAUCCCUGGAACCGUCAAGAAGGAAGUGGAGGGCGAAGAUGCCGGCAGCGAUGCUGGCGAGGAAGAGAAGAAUGCCGUUACCUUGUUCUACGACACCCUCAUGGAGAAGGCUGAGAUUGGCGAGACAGCCGGCGAUACUAUCGCUACGUUCUUGGACAUCCUACACCUCACUCCCAGAGGACGUUUCGACAUCGACAUGUACGAUGCGUCUUUCCGUCUGCGUGGUAAAACCUACGAUUACAAGAUCCAGUACGACGCCAUCAAGAAGUUCAUGGUUCUCCCCAAGCCAGACGAGACGCAUGUUCUCCUCGUCAUCGGCUUGGACCCGCCUCUUCGCCAGGGUCAGACGAGAUACCCCUUCAUCGUCAUGCAGUUCAAGAAGGAUGAGGAAGUUACAAUCGACCUGAACCUUACCGAGGAGCAAAUAGACGAGCGUUACAAGGACAGACUGCAGCCUCACUACGAGCAGCCUCUUCACCAGGUCAUCACCUACAUCUUCAGAGGCCUGGCUAACAAGAAGGUUACAACGCCCGCCAAGGACUUCCAGACUCACCGCAGCCAGUUCGGUAUCAAGUGCUCUAUCAAGGCUAGCGAGGGUUUCCUCUACUGCUUGGAGAAGGCAUUCAUGUUUGUACCGAAGCCCGCGACAUAUAUUGCGUACGAGCAGACAGCAUCCGUCACCUUUUCUCGUGUUGGCGGAGCUGUGUCGGCUCUCUCCACUUUCGAUAUCACGGUGCAGAUGAAGAACGGUGCAGGCUCAUCCCAAUUUAGCAACAUCAACCGUGAGGACCUCAAGGGGCUGGAGGAAUUCUUCAGAUUGAAAGGUUUGCGUGUCAAGAACGAGAUCGACGAGGACGCAAAUAUCCUCGCUGCUGCCCUCCGCGAAGAGGUUAUGGACGACUCUGAAGAGGAGGCUGUCGGACCUAAAGCGGACCGUGGCUCUGCAGAUGAGGAUGAGGAGAGUGUUGACGAGGACUUCCGCGCCGAGAGCGAGAGUGACGUCGCUGAAGAGUAUGACAGUGCCCACGAGAGUUCUGGUUCUGGCAGCGCAGAGAGUGACGUUGACGAGGACGACGGCGAUGAUGGCGACGAGGGCGACGAGGAAGAAGAAGAGGAGCGGCCCAAGAAGAAGAAGAAGACGGGCUAG